UCGUCGCAGAUUUGAUUUCCACAGAGUGUUCAACAGAGUGAUCAUUCGGCCAAUCGUUCACCACAUGAUGACUAAGAUUGCUGCCAUUUCCCUGUGUCUAGCUGCCAUGCUAGUAGCGGUGGAAUGUUCUUCCACUAGCGAGUGUCCAACGCCCUCGACGGUGGCGACCUGUGCACCCAAGUGUUCGACCGAUCAGGAUUGCUCGUCGAUCCGUGGCAAGUGCUGCGCCAACAGUUGUAAUCACAAGUCGUGCAUUGAGUAUACCAAGCUGGCAAAUGCCGAUAAGUUUUCUUCUGAUGCGGCCGGCACCUUUUGCGGUAACAUCAAGUGCAGUCCGUACGAGAAAUGCGAAAUCGAUCGAGCCACUAAGCGCCAAAAGUGUGUCCGUGCCUAGGAUGCUGAGAAUUCGGAUGAUUUUGUAAU